GAUUCGCCGGCACUAAUUUGAUUCAUUUUCUAUUUUAGGAUAGACGACGACCGUUCACAUAAAGCCAGAAGAAUACUAACAGGUCCAUAAUACUAUGUGACAAUGGUAACAUUAAGAAACAUUUUGGUCCAUUAAGUUAUUUCUAUGCCCCAAUCUCAACCCCAAAAACUGAUAUGGUAACAAAGGACAUGUUAAGCCACUAAAACUACAAAGGACAUGUAGAAUACGAUUGAAAAAUGAAUUUGAUUGUACGGUGGAUACAAUGCGAAUAAUUUAACCAAGCUAAAUGUAAAUGAUUGGAUUAUUGUGGAUGUCUGAACCGUCAUUAUAUAAAAAAAAAAUUGUUGGGUAUUGAAAUUACGUCGAUAUAACUUAGUGUAAAGUGUGAACUGAACAAGUUUUGCCGAUUUUCACAACUCACAAGUCAUACAAAGACAUCAAAAGUGUGUACUGUGUAGACUGCAAGAGUAGCACCAGGGGCGGACCCAAGACACCCCUAAAUUUUGAGAAAACGAUUAUCCAAUCUUCGGUGGUAAUUUAUGUAUGGACAAAAAAAUAUAAUUGAUAGUGAGGGACACCCCUUAAAUUUGAAAAAUGAUUAUCCUACUGUCAUUUGUGUAUAGAAAUAUAAGUGGUAGGUUGGAUAAUUCAAAUCUAGAAUACUAUUAUUAUUAAUAAACUUAAUUUCUGUUGAGCUAAACUCAUUUGUUGUUCGAUUUUGAACAAUGUGUAAUAGUAAAAUGGCAUUCCCUAUCUCUAAUUAUUUUAAAAACCUAACAAUUAAACUAAUUUCAAACUACCCUUAAUUUGUAUUGAUUUUAUGAUUGUACGGCAAGUGUUGAAAAAGUUUUUCAGCUUUGGGUUAUAUCAAGAACAAGUUUACAAAUCGAAUAUGCGAUAAGUUCGUGAAUGAUUGUCUAGUAGUGUAUAUAGAGACAGUUUUUUUUGCACUAUAAACACGAAAUGUAUUCUACAAUUAUUUUCGAAUAUGAAAACACAUCAUGGACUUUUUUAACCUGUACGAGUAAGGUAUUUUCAUAUUUACAAUUUUAAUUUUAUCAAUUAUUUUUAUUAAAUUUAUUUUUUGAAAGAGGACACCCCUAUGAAAAAUUUCUGGGUCCGCCACUGAGUAGCACAAUGUAGAUAAACAUACAAAACAAUAUUGUAUCCAUGUAACUUGGAUCUAAAAAAUCAAAGGGUAGCGUACAUUAUGUCUCUCUUCCUCUAUGCAAGUAUUUCAAUUUCAUUUCUGUUUUUUUGUAAAGGGCAUAUCACUGUUUGUCUCCCCCUUUCUAAGGUGAAGAUGAAUGAAUGAUCACUGUAUCUUUACCACGUUUCUUUCAUAAUAAUAUGAACACAGUUUAUAAAAAGUUUAGAGGAGUGAAAUGUAAGAAUAUUGCUUUCACGGACUGAAAUAUUAGUGAAAGUGAAGUCGUAGGAGUGAUAUGGUGAGAACAUUACCUGUAAAGUAUAAGUACUAUAGUGUAUAUUAAUGUCGGCGAGUGCAGUGACACUGUGCAAUCAAGACAGCGACGGCGGAACAGCCUCCUGCUGCCGCCCACGCGCCUUCUCCCACCGUCUGCUCGAGUUAGGUAUCUGUACUUAACUCACUGACCAACUCAACCAGAGACCCAACGAUUCCACUCGCCGCGACGAUUCUCCUAACUUCACCCUCCCUUUCAAACUCGCUCCGCCCGCGCGUGGCUCUAGUUUCAACUGCAAAGGAUUAGCGCCUCGUUUGGUUCAUCUCUAUUUCAUUGGUAACCUACAAAACAUGCCAUAAUCACUUUGUACUAUUCAAGUAAACUCAACCCCAACAUACAAUCUUGUUGCUGAAGUGAUUUAUAUGGAAUUGAAAUAUAUGACGGUAUAAAUGCAGGAUUUGAAAUUACCUCUGUUAUUUUUUAUUAUAUAUAUACUAAAUAUAAUUAAAAUUAAUAAUAUUCAUAUAUAUAUAAUCUUGUAUGUGUUGAAUUCGAUGCGUUCAAAUUUUUAGGGGUUAUUUUUUCCCCUCCAUAAAAGUAAACUAUGUACUAGGACAAGGGCAAAUAGUCAUGGCUCCGCCUAUGUGGCAGGAUAAAACAUUUUGUCAUGCUAGAAUAUAAUCGUGAUAACGAUUCAUUUAUUGGUUGGAACUUGGAACCAACACUAUCUGGGUAAGUGGGCGUAAAAAAAAAUCAAAAUAUUUGAGCCGGUAAUAAAAGCGAGGGUAAAUAAUGUAUUACAAGUUGCCAUAUAUAUAAAAAACGAGUUCUCUUUAUAUAAAAAGUUGUUACAAGUUCUGGAUGUAUUUUCCACUCCAAUGUUGAGGUUGAUUGGGUGCAUGUGAUUCAUUACCGAUAAAGCAAACUAUGAUGCAUUCAUAUAGUUUAAUUUGGUGUUUUUACUUUGUUCAUCGAAAUAAUCAAGUAACUUAAUUAGCUGUUCAUUCUAAAAUCCAAUUAAAACACUAAUAAUCGCAUGUGAACUUGAGAUUUUGAGUUAAUUCCUCUUUGUUGUGCAUGUAUUGCACAAUUGAAAAAUAGUAAUCGCAUUUUAUAUGUCGUUAUUUGUCUUUCAAAAUGUUAUUUUCUCUUAACUGAUGCGUGUUUUUACUUUUUACGGAGUUUAAAUUGAUAUCACCACUCAUAUAUCCUAUCUACCACAUGUGCAAUCCUCCAAGAGUUGUAUGGCCUACCUAUUUACAUGCCCAACUCCUUCAACCACUUCAUCAACCAAACAAACAAUGCCUUACAUUAUGUGUCAAUAAUUAGCGGUCGCUAUCGCCUACCUGGUUUCCAACGGCGUCGUAGCAUUGCCACAAUUACCAUUAAACAGUAAUAAACACUAAACAGAAUCGUCCCCUUGCCCACUCCCACGAACAACAAAUCUCUCCCUCAGCUAGUCGACAAAACAUUAAUCAGGCAAGAAGAAUACAUUCCCCCACAUCGUCGGUUCCACUUUUAUUAGAUUUCUUGUUUUUAUCUUUUUCAUUUUUCUGGCUUUGCAUUUCUCUUCUUAACUAUCCCUCACUCGGAAGCUUGACAGAAAGGUUUCUCAUUGGUAGUACUGCUCGCUCGUCUUGACCAAGAGAACGUCAGCCAUUCCAUUUCUCUCCGGCGGUGCUCUCCGUCGGCGGUUUACUGGUACGAAUGCGUCCUUGUUGUUACUGUGUUUUGGUUCAUUUUUUGGUUUCAUUGAGUGGGGAAGUACUGGUGAGGCUUGCAUUGCGUUGUCGAGGGGCGUUCUGUGAGUUUUUGGGUGACAAAGGUCAAGCUUUGUGGUUUGUUGGGAAGAAUUUGUCGGUGCCGGUGGUUUUGGCUGGAUCUGGCUGCAACCCUGCUUCGAAAAUGUCUCAAAGCUAUGAACUUCAGCUUUCCCCUUUUCCGGGUUUAAUGGGCUAAAAAUGGAAUCUUUCCCUCUUUUCCCUCCUGAACGUCUUAUGAUUCUCGUGAUUGAUCACUACUCUGUAACAUUGGUCGUUUUCCUGGAUGUGAAGAAAUUUAUUGCUGCUUCACCCCUUUUGUAAGCAUUUUGAAGUUUAGGCUUCUGUUGCUCGAUUUGGUUGCUGUUUGAGAGUUUGAAUUUGAUCUUGGAAAUGAGCUUUUGUUGUUUGGUUGCUGGGAAAAUGUUGCGAUAGCUAGAAAAGUACACUGCUUUUGUGUUGUUAAUUGUUGUUUUCGGCAAAUGAGGCAAGUGGUUGCUCCAAGCUUAGUUCUGUUCACCAACCUAACAAUGAGAAAUUGCAAUUUUUCACCUUUAAGUUUAACUUUCCAUUUUAUCAUUCCUCUUUGUUUUGGUGACUGAUCUAUUGCAGUAGCAUUUGGGACCAUACAAUGGUUCACGUAAAUGCGAAGAACAAGAAGAAUGCUUCAGUCCAGUUGAACUACAUAAUCCACAUUGAAGAGAUCAAGCCAUGGCCACCAUCUCAAUCUCUGAGGUCUCUCCGGUCUGUAUUAAUUCAGUGGGAACAUGGUGACCACCAUUCAGGCUCUACCAACGCUGUAGUCCCAACAAUCGGGACAGUAGUUGGCGAGGGGAAGAUUGAAUUCAACGAGUCCUUUAGAUUGCCAGUCACUUUGGUGAGGGACCUAAAAGCCAAGGAUGGUGAUGUGUUUAAGAAGAAUCGGAUAGAGUUCAACUUGUGUGAGCCUAGGAGGGAAAAUAAGGCCCAGUUGCUUGCUACUGCUGUAGUAGACCUGGCAGAUUAUGGCGUUGUAAAAAAUACAACUAGUGCUAGUGCUCUGAUGAAGAGCACUCGGAGCUUUACUAACAGUUCCCAACCUGUUUUGUUCAUUAAGAUCCAGCCAGCUCGUAAAGGCCAUCCUGGAUCUAAAGUGCAGGAUGGAGGCUUAUCUAGAGGUGUAUCACUUGAUAGGAAUGGUGGCAAUUCGGUGUUGGGGUUGAUGAAUGAAGAAUUUGCCGAGGAAGCUGAGCUUUCUACUGUCACUGAUGAUGAUGAUGUGUCAUCUCACUCUUCCAUGAACAACGGUGGACUUCCUGCUCAUGAAAAGAAUGAACCAAAUGGAGUGACAAAUAGUAAUGGAGGGCUCAUGCAAGAGCAUGCAAAUGCUUCAAAACUGAGGCUUGAAAACAAUAUUAAUCCACAAGAAAAUUUGAAGGGGAGUUCUUCUCGUUCAUCAUCUUCUGUAGAUUUAUCUUCUGAUCCAGGCAGUCCAAUAAACGGUCAUGCUUCUGUGGUGAAGUCUCUUGAUUCCACUUCAGUCUUAAAUCCAAGGAAUGAACAGAGCCUUCAAUCCUCUUCGUCACACACUACGGAUGUAAUAGUAGAGGAGGCUGUUGAAAGCCGAAGCAGUGAUGACCAUGGAGGUUCAGCGUAUGUGGAUGCUGUAGAAAUUGAAAGUCGAAGCAGUGAAGACAUGAAUGAGAGAGAAUACCAGGGAAGUGAACAAAGCACUGAAACCAUAGAUGAAGGACUUCCCUUGACUGCAGACAUUGGAAUGAGAAGAAGCUUUAUGAAACCAGAUAGACUGAAGAAUGUGAGAUCAGUCAGGUCUGCAUCAGAUUCAGGUAGGAGUAAUGGAGGUGUCAGCAGAAGUCAUCCCGAAACUGAACAAGUUGAUGUGCUGGGAGAUGAUCAGAUUGGGAGCAUGAGAGUUAGUGAAAGAAAAAGUGCCAAGAUCUUUCCGAAGGACACCAGCACCACUGUGUUAGCUGCCAAAAUGCAACAGUUGGAGCACAAGAUCAAGGUGCUCGAAGGAGAGCUGAGAGAAGCUGCUGCCAUUGAGGCUGCACUUUACUCUGUUGUUGCUGAGCAUGGAAGCUCCAUCAGUAAGGUGCAUGCUCCGGCUAGGCGCCUAUCAAGAAUGUAUCUUAAUGCCUCUGGAGUCGCCAGGAGAGCCAGUGCAGCCCGAAGUGCGGUUUCAGGAAUGGUUCUAGUGGCAAAGUCAUGUGGCAACGAUGUCCCCAGAUUGACAUUUUGGUUGUCAAACUCGGUUGUACUAAGAGCAAUCAUAAGCCAAGCAAUGUAUGAGUCAGCGGAAAUGAAUUGUGCUGAAAAGCGAAAAGAAGUGAUAUCAUCAUUGACUUCUAGCAGAAAGGGAAAGGGAAGAGCAAUAUCUGGCGAUACUGAAGAUUGGGAGGACCCUCACACUUUCAUAUCAGCACUUGAAAGAGUUGAAGCUUGGAUCUUUUCCAGAACUGUAGAAUCCAUUUGGUGGCAGACUCUUACUCCACACAUGCAAUCUGCAGCCACCAAAGGGAUUGACAAAGUUAGUGCUUCAGACUCCAACAAAAACCUUACUCGGUCCUCAAGUUCAUGCGAUCAAGCGCAGGGGAACUUUUCAUUGGAGCUUUGGAAGAAUGCAUUCAAGGAUGCCUGUGAAAGGCUUUGUCCAGUUCGAGCAGGAGGACAUGAUUGUGGUUGCUUGCCUGAGCUAGCAAGACAGGUGAUGGAGCAAUGUGUGUCUAGAUUGGAUGUGGCUAUGUUCAAUGCAAUACUCCGCGAAUCUGAUGACGAAAUCCCCACAGAUCCAGUGUCUGAUCCCAUAAGCGAUCCAAGGGUUCUCCCAAUCGCGGCUGGGAUAUCAAGCUUUGGAGCUGGUGCACAACUGAAAAAUGUGAUUGGAAACUGGUCGAGAUGGCUCACCGACCUAUUUGGCUUGGACGAUGAUGAUGUUGACCCUUGUGAGGACCACAACGAUGACCCAGAUGAGGAUGAUGAUAGACAAGACACUUCCUUCAAGUCUUUCUAUCUGCUUAAUGCUCUUAGUGAUCUUAUGAUGCUUCCAAAGGACUUGCUCUUAAGUAGAACCAUAAGGAAAGAGGUGUGUCCUACAUUUGGGACACCAUUAAUCAAGAGGAUUUUAUAUAGUUUCGUCUCGGAUGAGUUCUACCCUGAUCCUGUACCAAAUAUUGUCCUUGAAGCCUUAGAGUCCGAGGACAAUGCCCCAGCAGAAGAGGGUUGUGUUACUACUGUGCCAUGCAUUGCAGCUCCUCCAAUCUAUCUACCAUCUUCAUCAGCUUCUGUUGCUGCCACAAUUGGAGAGCUUGGAAACCAAUCCCAGCUCAGGAGAAGUGGUUCGUCCGUGCUGAGAAAAGCAUACACUAGCGACGAUGAGCUCGACGAGCUGAAAUCGCCUCUGGCUUCAAUCUUCCCCGACCUGAUGUCUUGUUCAUCAUCAUCCCCUGCAGCCUGGAAACUGAAGGAGGGACAGAACCCGGUAAGGUACGACCUUCUGAGGGAGAUAUGGAAGAACAGUUAGUAGUCUGAUCCUGUAAACAACAACAUAGUAGUAUAUAAAGUACGGGCAAAUCAUGACUAUUGUACAAAUUUUGGUGGUUCGCCUUCUUCUUCACCUGUGUUUGUACAAAUUGAGAGCCCAUUGUACAUUUACUGAAGUGCCAUGGAUAGCCAUUGCAGUGUUUGAAUAAUGGGCUUAAGAGUUGCAUAUUGCUUCGCUCUGAGUUUCUGCUUAGCUGCUGUUGGUGAACCACUAAAUAGAUUUCAAAACC